GGCCCUGGACGCUGGGCAUGAGGAGAGGCAGGCUGGUGCCUCCUGCUUCUGUGGCCCCCACAUUUCUACCCCGAGCCCCACCUACCUCCCACUCCCAGGUCCUGCGCCUGAGCCUGGAGGGCCGGCCCUGCUGGCGACCAUCCUUAAACUCUGCAGGCCUCGUGAAGCUGGGCAUUCACUGUGUCACGUGCCAGAAGGUGGCCAUCAAAAUCGUCAAUCGGGAGAAGCUCAGUGAGUCUGUGCUGAUGAAGGUGGAGCGGGAGAUCGCCAUCCUGAAGCUCAUCGAACACCCCCACGUCCUCAAGCUGCACGACGUUUAUGAAAACAAAAAAUAUUUAUACCUGGUGCUAGAACAUGUGUCUGGUGGGGAGCUCUUUGACUACCUGGUCAAGAAGGGGAGGCUGACCCCCAAAGAGGCCCGCAAGUUCUUCCGGCAGAUCAUCUCAGCGCUGGAUUUCUGCCACAGCCACUCCAUCUGCCACAGGGAUCUGAAACCAGAAAAUCUCUUGCUGGACGAGAAGAACAACAUCCGGAUCGCGGACUUCGGCAUGGCGUCCCUGCAGGUGGGGGACAGCCUACUGGAGACCAGCUGCGGGUCCCCCCACUAUGCCUGCCCCGAGGUGAUCCGGGGAGAAAAGUACGACGGGCGCAAGGCGGACGUGUGGAGCUGCGGGGUGAUCCUGUUCGCCUUGCUGGUGGGGGCGCUGCCCUUCGACGAUGACAACCUGCGGCAGCUGCUGGAGAAGGUGAAGCGGGGAGUGUUCCACAUGCCGCACUUCAUCCCGCCGGACUGCCAGAGCCUGCUGCGCGGCAUGAUCGAAGUGGAUGCGGCGCGGCGCCUCACGCUAGAGCACAUUCAGAAACACAUAUGGUAUAUAGGGGGCAAGAACGAGCCUGAGCCAGAGCAGCCCAUCCCCCGAAAGGUGCAGAUCCGCUCACUGCCCAGCCUGGAGGACAUUGACCCCGAUGUGCUGGACAGCAUGCACUCGCUGGGCUGCUUCCGAGACCGCAACAAGCUGCUGCAGGACCUGCUGUCUGAGGAGGAAAACCAGGAGAAGAUGAUCUAUUUCCUCCUCCUGGACCGGAAAGAAAGGUACCCCAGCCACGAGGAUGAGGACCUGCCCCCCAGGAACGAAAUAGACCCUCCCCGGAAGCGCGUGGACUCCCCAAUGCUGAACCGGCACGGCAAGCGGCGGCCUGAACGCAAGUCCAUGGAGGUGCUCAGUGUGACAGACGGCGGCUCUCCGGUGCCUGCUCGGCGGGCUAUCGAGAUGGCCCAGCACAGCCAGAGUAAAGCAAUGUUCAGUAAAAGCCUGGAUAUCGCUGAAGCCCACCCCCAAUUCAGCAAAGAAGACAGGUCCCGAUCCAUCAGCGGCGCUUCCUCAGGCCUCUCCACCAGCCCACUCAGCAGCCCCCGGGUGACCCCUCACCCCUCUCCAAGGGGCAGUCCCCUCCCUACCCCCAAGGGGACGCCAGUGCACACGCCCAAGGAAAGCCCAGCUGGCACACCCAACCCCACACCGCCAUCCAGCCCCAGCGUUGGAGGGGUGCCCUGGAGGACAAGGCUCAACUCCAUCAAGAACAGCUUCCUGGGGUCACCUCGCUUCCACCGCCGGAAACUGCAGGUCCCGACGCCAGAGGAGAUGUCCAACCUGACCCCGGAGUCCUCCCCAGAGCUGGCCAAGAAGUCCUGGUUCGGGAACUUCAUCAGCCUCGAGAAGGAGGAGCAGAUCUUCCUGGUCAUCAAGGACAAGCCCCUGAGCUCCAUCAAAGCUGACAUCGUUCAUGCCUUCCUGUCGAUUCCCAGUCUCAGCCACAGCGUCAUCUCCCAGACCAGCUUUCGGGCCGAGUACAAGGCGACAGGGGGCCCGGCAGUGUUCCAGAAGCCUGUCAAGUUCCAGGUGGACAUCACCUACAGCGAGGGUGGGGCGGCACAGAAGGAGAACGGCAUCUACUCUGUCACAUUCACGCUUCUAUCAGGCCCAAGCCGCCGCUUCAAGAGGGUCGUGGAGACCAUUCAGACACAGCUACUGAGCACACACGACCAGCCCUCCACCCAGCACUUGUCAGACACCACUAACUGUGUGGAGAUGAUGACGGGGAGGCUUUCCAAGUGUGGCAGCCCAUUGAGUAACUUCUUUGACGUAAUUAAACAACUUUUUUCAGACGAGAAGAACGGGCAGGCGGCCCAGGCCCCCAGCACGCCCGCCAAGCGGAGUGCCCACAGUCCACUCGGUGACUCGGCGGCCGCUGGCCCUGGCCCUGGAGGGGAUGCCGAGUACCCAACGGGCAAGGACACGGCCAAGACGGGGCCACCCGCCGCCCGCCACGAGCAGCCUUAGACACAUAGCCCCUCCCCCCCCAGCACGGCCCUGACAGUGGCCACCAAGGCUACCGAGCCACCUGCCCGCCCUGAGUGGACCCAGGGCCACACCCACCUACCCAUCUAGACUGGUGUGAAGCGGGGGAGGAAAGGAUAGGGGCACCGGGGGCCAGGGCCUGUGGCCGGUCCACCCGUGCCUGCUCUCUCUUUCUCUCGCUGUUUCUCUCUCUGCCUGUCUCUGACAACGUCACUGUUUCCACUCUGAUACCAGGAAUUAUCCCGAAAAGUUAACAUGUCACCUCCACGAGGCCGUCCUCUGGGCUCCGCGCCGGACACCGGCCCGCUGAAGGCAGCUGCCGUGGACCUGCCUCUCCUCUCCUGCUGCUGCGGCGUGCCCGGCGGCGAGGCCCUGCCCACCGCCACUGCCUCCGUCCACCUGCCCGCGUGGCACUCUGCCCGGUUUCUGCUCCGCAUGGCCAUGGGGAGGAGGACCUGGCUCCGAGGGGAAGCUGCCUCCAGCCUGCCGACAGACUUGCAGUGACUCGAGCCCUCGGCAGGUCCUGUCGCCCAGGCUGCCUCCAGGGCGGGGCCGUGGUGGGCGAAGCAUCUGAGAGGCGGGCAGAGGGCGCUUGCAGCCUCUCCUCAGCCCCUUCCUUCUGCAGAACCCCCUCCCCAGUCCAUCGACACCUCGGCACCCACGCUGAUGCUAGCUGGCACCCAGUCCCCCCGGCUCGUUGCUGCAGGUGCUCUCGGGCCUGCGUUCCUGUCCUGGCUCGGGUGGAACUGGACCCAGAGGCAGCAGGCUGGCCGAGAUCAGUAUUAUUUAUUUGCUGUUUUAACUUAUUGAGUUUCUUUACUUCUCUGUUCAGGGAAGGGGCAGCAGCAGCAUCUUCCUGCCGUCUGUCUGUCUGUCUGUCUGUCUCGGGCAGGGUGGGUCUGGGCCCAGGUGCCCUGAGGACGCAGCCGAUGGGGCACUGGGGGGCAGGCCGGUGGGUGCAGUGCCGGCAAGCUACUGUAAACUUUAAAGAAUUCCUGCAAGAUAUUUUUAUAAACUUUUUUUCUUGGUUGUUUUUGGAAAAGGGUGUGGGGGAGGGGAGCCGCUGGGCAGGGCUAGGUUUUGUGUUCGGUUCUUGCUCUUGGUUCUUUCUAUAUACACACAUAUAUAUAUUUAAAGAACGGCGCAGGCCACUCUGUCUGCUCUGUCCGUCCUGGGUAGAAGCAACUCCAGUCCCAUGGGCGCCAAUGCCCAGGGCCCCUCCACCCGGUCCAGGAUGGGGACCCUCUUGGUUCUGUGUCCGAGAACAGGGUAGGAGGAAGGCCCUGGGCUGGCCCCCACCCACUCACAGGAUGGCAGGGGCACCGCAGAGUUUUUUACUAAAAUGACAAAACGUGAAAAAAAACAAAAAAACAAAAAAAAAACACCACAUAACCAAGAACAGAGUCAGCGGCGUCCUCUGCAGUGUUUCCUGUGCGGGUGCGGCCGCCCGCUUUCCAUCCCCAGCUAAUGCUUGCGUUUCUUCCUGUGGGUACGGCCAGCCCGGCGCACAGACCCCGCGGUGUCAAGGGACCGGGCAGCCGGAGGCCGGGAGGGCAGGUCUGAUUGCAUGCCUUUGCUGUGACGGGUCCACUCUGCUUCUGGUGUCUCCCCGCAGCCCGCCCGCCUGCCCGCCCUCGGUCGAGGAUAGAUUUUAACGCUUCUGUCCACUGGCCCCGCCACAGGCUGGGGCUUCCACAUAAGAACUAUUACACGCCCGAUAACAGCAAAGCCACAGGUACAAGCGGGGGCUUCUCAAGAGGCAGAGGACACCGAAAGCAAUAUCUCUUCGUCAGCCUUCCUCUUUUGUACUUGGGACACAUGCAGACGUCACGGAAACAAACAAGCCCACCCCAUGUACCCCUGUCAAAUAACUGUGAGCAACUUUAGUUCCGGAACAAUAAAUUCCUUCAGUAAAGACACUGA